CGACAGGGCAUCACCUCAGAGUCGUCAAUGGACUCACCAGCGGUCAACCGUCUCUUUCGCCAACUGGCCCGACACCACUUCUGCCAUGAUGCCAACAGAUUUGUACAACGUGCCUUACCGAAAGGCUCAACAUGCCACCGACGAGACAUAGCCACGAGAGCUGCGAAAGUUAGCGAAAGCAACUGGCAGCAGAGGACCGAUCACUUUCCCAGCGAUAAGGCCGAGGAGUUCAAACGGUACCCGACAGUGACCUCAGAUGCCUUGCGCGGCAGGCGGGAGCGACCACGGCGAGUGAAGAUGUUAAUGCGAGACUUCAUCGAAGACAGCUUGUACAACCCACACUAUGGCUACUUCAGCAAGAACGUCACCAUCUUCUCACCCGGAGCUCCCUUCGAGUUUAGCAAAAUACGAGACGAUCCGGAGUUCUACAACCUGUUGGGGGAAAGAUAUACACAGUUCGAGGAUAGACUGGACGAGAAAGAGCACAAUGAAGCGCGACAAUUAUGGCAUACACCAACAGAGUUGUUCAGGCCUUACUACGGAGAAGCAAUUGCGCGGUAUAUGGUCGCGAACUACAAGUUGACCUUGUACCCUUACCAUGAUCUGGUGAUAUACGAGAUGGGAGCUGGAAACGGUACACUCAUGUUGAACAUCCUGGACUACAUUCGACAUACAGAUCCGGAAGUGUACGCGCGGACAAAGUUCAGAAUCAUCGAAGUUUCGACUGCACUCGCGCAAUUACAGGGACAGAAACUCAAGUCCUCGGCUUCAGCACGAGGGCAUCAGGACAAGGUUGAAAUUAUCAACAAAUCCAUGUUCGACUGGGAUGUUUAUGUGCCCACACCUUGCUUCUUCUUGGCCAUGGAGGUAUUCGAUAACUUUGCGCACGAUGUGAUUCGAUACGACCCUUUCACAGAGGAGGUCAUGCAGGGCUCUGUGCUUAUCGACAGCGAGGGCGACUUCUACGAGUUCUACAGCCGCACGCUGGAUCCUGUCGCGGCUCGCUUCUUGCGAGUUCGAGAUGCUGCAUGUCAAGAUCGACACUAUGCACACCCCUUGAGCGGACCGAAGGCGUUGAGAAAUCUGAAGCACCGCAUGCCUUUUGCACCAAACUUGACAUCCCCGGAAUACAUUCCCACACGACUGAUGCAAUUCUUCCAAAUCCUGGCGAACAAAUUCCCAGCACAUCGUCUCAUCACAUCGGAUUUCCACAGCCUGCCCCAAGCGACUGUUGGCUACAAUGCGCCAGUCGUGCAGACACGGUAUCAACGUCGAACAGUCCUCGUGCGAACACCACUUGUACAACAAGGAUACUUCGAUAUUCUAUUCCCAACAGAUUUUGGCGUGAUGGAAGAUAUAUAUAGAGCGAUCACGGGAAGGUUGACGAAAGUCAUGACGCAUGAAGACUUCUUUCAACGCUGGGCAUAUGUCGAGGACACACAAAUGCGGUCUGGCGAGAAUGCAUUGCUGAGCUGGUAUAAGAAUGCCAGUGUUAUGGUCACCGUGUAGCGAUGACUGUAUAUACGAAAGCGAACCUCAUUGUACAAUUCAACGCACGGCCUAUGGCAUCAUGUUUCGCCCCUGCACAUAGUCUUUCUUAUGAAGGGUCAUCAUCGC